AUGCCAGAAGGAGAAUUGAAUCGAAAAAAUAAUUUAAAUUUUGAAAGAUGUUUAGAUUGUGAUAAGGAACAAAGUAAUAUCGGAUGGUGUAAAAUUUGUGAAAUAAAUGCUUUUAAAGCAAAUUUUAAAAAUUGGACAAGUGGAAAUCUUGAAAUCGAUAAUUUUAUUAGACAUACUCAAUUAAAUUCAACUGAAAGUGAAGAUUAUUUGGAAUUUAUUGAUUUUAAGCAAUUUGAUCUUGUUGAAGAUACAUAUAAAGGCGGAGCCUUUA